AUGUUCCCCAAAAGGGCAGCUGUCAUAAGCUCCCGCCGAAACCUACUCUCCUCGUCAGCUCUGCGGGCCACAACGCUUCCAUCUCGGUGUCGCCAAUCGACUUGGGCAGCUGCUACCGAGUCGGCGCACCAAGUGCUGACUCCUCCCCCCUCUACCACCGCCUCCAAUGCGACUUCACUCGACGACCCUUUGUCGGCUAUCAACGCUGAAAUCGGCAAUCUCAAAUCCUCUCUCUGGCGCAUGCUGGGCUCAGACAACGCUGCUCUCGACACUGUCGCAAAGUACUACUUCCAGGCUGAAGGCAAGCAUCUGCGGCCGUUGUUAGUCUUGCUCAUCAGCCAAGCAACAAACGGACUGGGAGGAAAGGGUUGGAAAGGUGCACAGAUGGAGGCUAUCAAGAGAAACGUGGACGACAGUCUGACAGCUGAAGGAGGUGUCCUCAAUGACUGGAACCCCGAAGUCUCUGGGCCCAAACCUGCUGCUGGGAUUGCCAGCAUGAUAUUCGCUUCCCCAUUCCGAAUCCCAUCGAACCCUGAACAAAGGUUACCGCCUCCUGCUCCUCUUCCUUCCCAAUUUGACGACCCGAUCGGCGCCAAUGGCGAACCCUCAAUUCUUCCUACCCAGAGGCGGCUGGCCAGCAUCACAGAGAUGAUCCAUGUCGCCUCUUUGCUUCAUGACGACGUCAUCGAUGCUUCAGACCUCCGCCGUGGGGCGCCCUCUGCGCCGUCAACGUUUGGCAACAAGCUCUCAGUCUUGUCUGGCGAUUUCCUUCUAGGUCGAGCGUCUGUCGCUUUGGCCAGGCUGGGUUCACCAGAAGUGGUUGAGCUUAUGGCGACAGUGAUUGCAAACCUUAUCGAAGGCGAGGUCAUGCAGCUGCGUGCUACGAGCGAGCCGGAGAAAACACCGACGCCCAAAGGUUUCGAGGACUAUAUGAGGAAGACGUACUUGAAGACCGCGAGUCUAAUGGCCAAGAGCGCGAGAUCGGCCGUCGUUCUCGGCGGUUGUGGUGUUGAUGGAGUUGAGGGUGCUUGGGUAAAAGAUGUGGCCUAUGGAUACGGAAGAAACCUGGGUAUUGCCUUCCAGUUGAUCGAUGACGCCCUGGAUUUCCUUCCCCCUGACCCUUCAUUGGGCAAACCCUCUAAUGGUGCGGACCUGCGUCUGGGACUGGCAACCGCCCCGGCCCUUUUCGCUUGGGAGACUAACCCAUCCCUCGGACCACUCAUCCUUCGUAAAUUUACGGAACCGGGAGACGUAAAAACUGCCCGGGACAUCGUUGGGAAGAGCGAUGGGUUGCAGAGGACGGUGGAGCUGGCGAAGGCAUUUGCGGGAGAGGCGAGGCGGCUGGUAGAGAUGCUGCCCGAAAGUGGGGCGAGGGAUGCGUUGGUGCAGUUGACCGUGAAGGUUGUUGAGCGUGUCAAGUAG